AACGGUUGCAUAAAGUAUAUAUUUCAUUUAAUGAUAUCAUUUAGAAUAAUCAUAGAAUCUAGCAUAUCAUAUGUGAAGGAAAGUAAUUCUGAGAUGGAACUUCAAUGGACAGAUUCAAAUUGAGUUGAGAUAAGACUCGCUUUCAGCUAAACAGAAAAAGCACAUCCAGACAACUGAAUAACUUAAAUUGAUGUAGUAUUUUUUUAUGCACCUUGUUUCUAUAACAAACUAAAUAAAUAAAAACAAGUACUAUUAUCCUUUCAGAAAAGUAAAGAAGUAAGCAUUAUUGUAAACCUUGGUUUGGAGAAGAAGAGUGCUGAUUUGUUAAUGUUUCAAUCUUAUAUAAUUUAAAUUUCCUCAAAAGAAGAAUAAAUAAAGUAAUAUUUUCAUAUAUUAAAAUUUGAGAGUUGCGAAAGAGGGAAGAGCAUAUAAGUAAUUGACUUAAUUUUUUUAAUAUGAACAAAUAAAAUAAAUAAUAGGGUAAAUAUAUAUAAGAUAUACUUUUGCCAUCAAUUUAGUGUUAUAAUAAAAACGAAGUUAAUUUUAUGGUUAAACAACAGAGUUUGGUCAGGUCUCUCCCUGACUCGUGUAUGUAAACAAACGCAACCUAUCAAGGAAGAAGGUAAACCCAUAAAUUUGGAUCAGGGUUUGGACUUUGGAGGUUCACCACCUGGCUUCGGAUUUGAGCGAGUGUGAGGAAGACAGCAGCAGUAGCAACAGCAUCACUUGUCAGAAGAGCCAGAAAUCAGAACUCAGAAGUGAUGAAGGUGGUUGCUUUAGUAAGCGGUGGCAAGGAUAGCUGCUACGCCAUGAUGAAAUGCAUCCAAUAUGGUCACCAGGUUGUGGCAUUGGCGAACUUGAUGCCAGUUGAUGAUUCAGUUGACGAGCUCGAUAGUUACAUGUAUCAAACUGUUGGGCACCAAAUAAUCGUUAGCUAUGCUGAAUGCAUGGGACUUCCCCUAUUCAGAAGGAGAAUACAAGGAUCCACAAGGCAUGAGAAGCUUACCUAUACAACAACUCCAGGUGAUGAAGUUGAAGAUAUGUUCAUUUUGCUAAAUGAAGUGAAGAAACAGAUACCCUCUGUUGGUGCAGUAUCUUCUGGUGCCAUUGCAUCAGAUUAUCAGAGGCUGCGGGUGGAAAGUGUGUGUUCAAGGUUAGGGCUUGUUUCCCUGGCAUAUUUGUGGAAGCAGGAUCAGUCAUUGCUCCUUCAAGAAAUGAUUGCAAGUGAGAUAUUGGCUAUUACUGUGAAGGUCGCUGCAAUGGGGUUGGACCCGACAAAGCACUUGGGCAAAGAUUUAGCUUCCCUGAGUCCCUAUCUCCAUAAGUUGAAGGGGUUGUAUGGAAUUAAUGUUUGUGGUGAAGGAGGAGAAUAUGAAACAUUAACACUUGAUUGCCCUCUCUUUGUUAAUGCUCGAAUUAUGCUUGAUGAGUUUCAAGUUAUUCUGCACUCUUCAGAUUCUAUUGCUCCAGCUGCGGUCCUUCAUACAUUGGCUUUUCAUUUGGAACAUAAGAAAUGGCAUUGUUCUUUGCCUGGCAGUGGCGAAACUCAAGAGAUAUGUCUGGAGAAUAAGGGUUCUGUCUUUGAAGUGGAAGGAGACAGUGCACAAGUAUGUGAUGCUGCAGUCCAGUCUGCCGCUGAAGUGCUAGACUCAAUCACUAUUGCAGAAAAUAAGCUUCACAUUUCAAGAACACAGAAAGGUGAUACGUUUUCCAUUUGUUGCUGGUUGGAACAUUCAACCAAUUCUUCAACAGGUGUACAAGAAGAUUUGACAGCUGUGCUAAGACGAAUGGAAUUGAAACUUGCAGAAUAUGGUUUUGGAUGGGAGAAUGUCCUCUAUAUUCAUCUCUAUAUUGCUGAUAUGAAGGAAUUCACAACGGCAAAUGAAACAUAUGUGAGAUUUAUCAAACAGGAGAAAUGUCGUUUUGGUGUUCCAUCGCGCAGUACAAUUGAACUGCCUUUAUUGGAAGUAGGGCUGGGUAAUGCAUACAUGGAAGUUUUAGUGGCAAAUGACCAUACUAAAAGAGUUCUACAUGUACAAAGUAUUUCCUCUUGGGCUCCUAGUUGUAUUGGACCGUAUAGCCAGGCAACAUUGCACAAGAAUAUACUUCAUAUGGCUGGGCAGUUGGGGCUUGAUCCUCCCACAAUGAUCCUAUGUGAGGGAGGCGUCACAGCUGAGUUGGAAAAGGCAUUAGAAAACAGUGAAGCUGUGGCAAAAUGCUUUAACAGUUCGAUAUCUACUUCAGCUAUUGUAUUUGUCGUUUACUGUUCAGCACGUAUUCCCUCAUCUGAGAGACAUCAGAUACAAGAUAAGCUAGAUGUAUUCCUUAAGCAAAUAAGGCCUUCCCAUUUCAACAAAGAGAGCAUAUCUGAAGCUGUCGAUCCCAUUUUUCUAUAUAUCCUAGCCCCUGAUCUGCCAAAAAGAGCGCUUGUGGAAGUUAAGCCCAUUCUUUUUAUUCCGGAGGAUAUUGAAGAAACAAAUGGUACUUUGAAAGACCCAUCUUGCAUACGGGGUCCUAGUUGUUGGGGAUUUCAGCAUGAAAGCUGGCAUGACCAAUGCAUUAAAAAAUGUGUUGUUCCUGGAGAGCUAUGCACAAUUAUUUUGUGUGUUACAAGUGAAGUUGCAAUGAAACUCGGUUCUGCAACUUCAGGUGAUGAAAAUAGAACGGACUAUGACAAUUAUUUCACAGAGGAGCAGUUAAGAGAGAUAUCAAGAUUUUGUAUAUAUCUUCUUGACAGAGUUAUUACAGAAAAUGGUUUCUCUUGGGAAGACAUUAUGUACUUGAGGCUAUAUUUUCCAACAAGCCUUCCUGUACCCCUGGAGAAAUUGUCCUUCAUGUUCACCAAUGCAUUUACUGAACUUGCUGCAAUGGAUCAGACACUUAAAAUUGACAACGAGCCCAUCUUCAACCUUGUCCCUGUUGUGGGCGCAGGGAACUCUGCCACAUCCAUGGAUGAUAUAUUCACCUGUGAACUAAUGGCUAGGAGAUUAUGAGUAUGAUUUCUUCUCUUGAAGAGUCCUUAUUUUUUAAUUUUCCUAUCACUGAUUCAUAAGCUUUAAGAAUUUGAGGGGAAACUGAAGAUUUGAAAUCCUUUAAAGAGAGCAGUCUCUUUCUUGACCCCCUUCCACCUUUAAUGACUCUCUGCAAUGGCUUCAUGGAAUGAUCAAUUCAGGACAGGUUUUUCUAGGUAAACGACUUGCCAUCUAGGCACUUAACUAUCAGCUCUUUUUAUUUUUUUUUUCUUUUUAAUUCUUACUAUUAUCUAAAAUCUAUUAUCUGUUAGCAUGUUGCACCAUUAAUCUUUUUGAUGUUGUAAAAUCUUUGUGCUUGAGCUGUAAGUUCAUGUCUUUAUAGAUCAACAAGAUUAUGUUGAACUAGUUAGCAAGGAAAAAAAAAAAUCUAGAGAAAGAGAGAGAGUUGCAGACAAUUUUGGAUAAGCUGUUAACUCAGGUGUACUUGAGUGAAAGUAAACCGUCAAAAUGAAAUGAUCACACAGAACAUUAUGAUAUGAUCUCACAACUAGACAAAUACUUUUUCAUUUUUAUUGUUUGUCAAACACCAUGCACAGACAUUUUAAGAGGGGCUUUGUUAACUUGCCACCUUUGGACCAUACUAAUGUGAUUGCUAAAUGUCAUAUCCUUCUUAAUCAAA